UGCAGUGCACCUCAGAGAAGUGCAUGAAGAAACAAAGAAAAAGUAAGACCAGCACCAUCCACCUCUCCUCUCCAGUGGCGGAGGGCCAGAGGAAGCUUGAUGGAAGCAGCUUGACAGUUUACGGUGACGGCCAGAAGGUGAAGGUGGUGUAUGAGGUCUACCCUGGUGAUGUCCGCACCAUGGAGAAUGGUGCCCACUCCCAGAGACGAGGUCUGUGCAAGGUCACCAGCAGAGUCUAUAUACCAAAUCUGGAGUCAAUUUGACUUAUGGUUCAUGAGAAGAAGAUUUUAAAAGUAUUUUUGGUAUUAUCAUAUGCGCUAACGUGCAUCUAUAGGUACAGUGCGGCCAUAUUUGAAUGCAGCAACAAUUCUUUUCUCAAAACCAGAAAGGCUUGUGAGGAGAAAAUGGUUACAGAUAAUUUUGAGCAUUAGCGUUACAUAUGCAAAGAAUGAGUUGUGAAUAGUUUCCUUGUUUUUUUUAGAUAUCAAUAUCCAAUUCCAUGUGGUUCAUCUUAGGGACGUCCAUGAUAGCGAUGACAAGUUUCAAGUUGAUAGGCCACUGUGGAGUGGAUUUACAGUGGUUUAAAUUGACAAAUAAAAUCAGAUUUUUGAUUUAUCAAUAACCAAGUCAUCUUUUGACCAAUCCCUUUCUCAAACUAAGUUAAGACAUGUACCAUAGGCCUACAUUCCAAACAUUGUGUCAUUUGGUCCUAUGGGUCAUGAGAAGAAGAUUUUAUAAGUUUUUAUUAGCAGAUUUUAGCAGAUUAGCUUAUGUGGUAAUAGGCAUCUACUGGUAUAGUGCGGCCAUCUUUGAAUGCAUCAACGUUAUCUUCUCAAACUCUUUAGGGACUAUUGAAAUUUGGAGUGAAUCUGCCAUUUAGUCCAUGAGAAGAAAGGAAAGGUAAAGGGGGAUACCUAGUCAGCUGUACAACUGAAUGCAUUCAACUGAAAUGUGUCUUCCGCAUUUAACCCAACCCCUCUGAAUCAGAGAGGUGCGGAGGGCUGCCUUAAUCGACAUCCACGUCAUCGGCGCCCGGGGAACAGUGGGUUAAGAAGAUGUUAUUAUGAUUAUUUUGAGCAUUAGCGUUACAUAGUCCAAAAAAGUGAAUUGUUAAUAGUUUUCUUAUAUGUUAAGAUAUCAAUGCCAACUUAACAUGGUUCAUCAUGGUAAUGGAUUUGAUGACCCUAAAAAGUUUCAAGUUGAUGAGCCAUUGUGGAAUGAAUUUAUGAAGGAUUGAAAUGGACACGUAAAAUCUGAUUUCCUUUUCUCAAUCUACGUUAAGAGAUGUACCAUGGGCCUACAUUUGGACUUGUUAAAUGGACUUAUGUUUCAUGAUCAUUUUUUAAAAUGUUUUCUGAAAUUUCCAAGAUGGAGGAAAAUCUAUCCUGACCUUAUAGGUCCUUGAGGCAAAUUUGUUCAGCAAGACACCUACAUGCAACGUUUCAAGUUUCUAGGUCAAACAGGGCGACGGAUAUGAGGGUUUAAGUGAGACUGCUUAUAACAGCGCCACCUAUAGGCCAAUCAGUGCCAUUCUUUUUGACCAAGUUACUCAUGGCCUGUAGUUUCUGUGUGCCAAGUUAGAAAAAGUUACCAAUCUAUGCUUGAGUUAUUUGACCAUGACCAGAAUACAGAGAAUAACAAUGGGUUUCACAGCUUCAUUGUGAACCCCUAAAUAGAGACCAAUGCCUGCUCUAGACAUUCUAUGUCUAUCUAGUUACAAUGUUGUGUUACUGUAUGUUGCAUCCUCAUAUAUGCUGCUGGUGGAGAGACCCUAGUGUAGCGUGUUAGAGAGGAUCUGGUGGUUUUGAGGGACAGGCUGGUGCUUAAUCAGGCCUCUCCAGCAGGCGCAGUGUGAGGUGGGGGCUCACUGCGGGUGUGAUAGAGGGAGACCCCCUCUGAGUCCUGGUGGGCUGGGCGAUAGCAGCAUGAUGGAUUUAUCUUCCCCUUCCACAUUAUACUAGAUUAACUCGCUACGCAAGAACCAACUGUAAACAGCUCAAUGGUGGAUGGGUGUUCUCACUGUGUUGACACCAUUGGUGCAAUUUCACACCUUUUUUUGUGCAUUUUCAUAGCAGGGUUUUCAUUUAAUUCAUGUGACAGAGCCCCUAGCGUGGAUUGUAGUUAUGAUGGGUCUCACAAACACUGGAUAAAAUCGAUUCAGGAAAAGGUAGGAUGUAUAAACAAGUAGGCCGGCCUACUCUUUGAAGAUUAAUUUACUUUUAUGAAUUGUAUAUCACCAAUUGUUAAUGUCAUUCUUAUAUCCAUGGUUAUCAUCUAAACUGUUUAUUUACCUCGUUUUGACUUCUUUAAUUCAUAAUGUUAUGUUCAUGAUGAACCCCAGGCAGGUUUGCUGAGCCAAAUAUAGCUCUUAUCAGCAUACACAGCAUGACUGUUCAAUUUGAAAAUGUGUUUCAGAUGUCUCCCAAAGCGUAGAGUACAUUAUCACAUAUGUGAAGUAUAACUGAAUGUGUCAAAAUGCUGAUGAUGACAGACAUGUCUCCAAACCACUAGUGCCAACAUCACCAUUGAGAAGAGAGAGCGGCGGUUGGAUUUCAUUGUGACCUCAACUAACUCUUAUACCCUUCUCUCAAUCCUGGUUAUCAAAUCCGCUCAGCACCAAGACGGAAAUAAAUAAAGAUGUGGAUAAAAAGGAUGCGCUUUGCAAUGUCUAAGAGAGGGAGAGGGACAUACUUUGAGAGGAUGUAUUGGAGAACAGCACUUGUGAUCUUGGCCUUUCUUAUUCAUGCCAUUACAGGUGAGUGGAUCAAAACAAAUCCAUCAUAUUGGUAAUAUAUUCAAAUGAAUAUUGACAGAGUCUUUGUAAAUCAUAAUAGUGAAGUUCUUGUACUACAUAGAUCAUCUAUUUCAAUAAAUAACAUUUAUGGGUGACUGUUUCAACAAACAAAGACUUCUCUUAAUAGUGUAUAUUUUCUUUAUCUUAGAAAUGCGAGUGACUGGUCAAACGUUGGAUGUGUGUGCCACCUGUCACCCUAACGCCACCUGUGAGAAGAAGGUGGAUGGUGCCGGCAAAGCCUGUAACUGCAUGUAUGGCUUUGUUGGUAAUGGAAGAACUUACUGUCAAGGUGUGUAUCUCCAGGUAUAAACUCAAGAUAAAAUAAUUACUUAUCUUUUAGCUAAUGGGUAUCAGUUCUAUUGAAAUUAUACUAGUAUUUAUUGAUUAUUCUAUUAUUUACCACUAUUCUUCUCUCUUACAGACAAAGAUGAGUGUCAGAUAGGAGCCAAUAAGAUCUGUGGGCAGCACACUGCCUGCCAUAAUACCUAUGGAAGCUACUACUGCACCUGCCUGGCAGGAUACAGCCCUUCCAACAAUAUGGCCAUCUUCAUCCCCAAUGAUGGAACCCGCUGUCAGGGUAAGUUAUAGCGAUUAGUGAUGCUGAAUACUUCAGCAGCUUUGGAACAUUAUGAAAAGAAGGGCAACAUAAAAUUAUACAAUUGGUGAGUCUUCUUAAGCUUUAUAGAUACAAACUUGAUGCCAAUUUUGAAUGAGUGAAUGAAUGAAAGAAUUACAGAUACCACUCCCCAGAUGUUGGUGCCUAAUAACUGGGUACAUUACAUCCCAACCACAUUAACUUAAUAAUACUAACACAACAUUCUUGUUGGUUCUAUCUAGACAUUGAUGAGUGUAGGGUCCAAGGGAUCUGUGGUGAGGGGGGUCAGUGCAGGAACAUGCAGGGGGAUUUUAACUGCCUCUGCCAAGUCGGAUACCAGGUUCACAAUGGAGCAGAGCCCUUCCACCCACACCAGGACAAGGCCUUGUGCAAAGGUAAAUAACACAAACUACUAGGGCUCAGUAUUGUAAGACUUUUCAGUUAAAUUAUAGAUACUAUUUUAAGAGAAUGGAUAAUAAUCAAAGAGCUGUAUGCUUCAAAAAUACAUGUUUCAGAAUCUCUUUGCCUGCCCUAUACUAUACUGCAGCCACUGGAUAUAAUGACAUUAUUUAUAGAACAUUAGCAUAAUGCUAGUAGUGUUAUCAAAAAGUAUGGUAUCUGUAGUGUUGUCCUUUUCUCCAUGUGUAGCCAUUGAUUGUGGACAGCCUCCCUCGGCUCUGAAUGCAGUCCAGCUGUCAGCCACAGGAACACGUUACGGCAGCGUAGCUAAAUUUGGCUGCUCUGAGGGAUUCUUCUGGAAAAGCGGAGAGAACUCCUCCGUUUGUGGGGCAGAAAGUGUGUGGAAGGGCCCAAGUCUUAUUUGUGAAGGUAAAUGUUUUUUGGUGAACUUUUGCAUUAAUUCAUGUAUUUGACAUGUGGAUGGAUGAGUGUUUUGUUUGUAGAGAUUUUUUUAAAUCAUGAACUGCAUCUAGGAAUGGUUACUGGUCAAUGUCAUUGCUUUGCCUCCCAGAGGUUGACUGUGGCUUGCCCCUUGCCCUCCCUCACUCAGUAAUGUUGUGGAAUCAGAGCACCAGGAUGGGCUCUGGGGUGGUUUAUCAGUGUAACUCUGGAUAUUACAUUUACAUUUACAUCAUUUAGCAGACGCUCUUAUCCAGAGCGACUUAUAAAUUGGUGCAUUCAACUUAUGAUAGCCAGUGGGACAAUCACCUUUUUUUUUAUGGGGGGUGGGGGAAGAAGGAUUACUUUAUACUAUUCCAGGUAUUCCUUAAAGAGAUAGGGUUUCAAGUGUCUCCGGAAGGUGGUCAGUGACUCCGCUGUCCUGGCGUCGUGGGGGAGCUUGUUCCACCAUUGGGGUGCCGGAGCAGCGAAUAGCUUUGACUGGGCUGAGCGGGAACUGUGCUUCCGUAGAGGUAGGGGAGCUAGCAGGCCAGAGGUGGAUGAAUGUAGUGCCCUCGUUUGGGUGUAGGGUCUGAUCAGAGCCUGAAGGUAAGGAGGUGCCGUUCCCCUCACAGCUCCGUAGGCAAGCACCAUGGUCUUGUAGUAGAUGCGAGCCUCAACUGGAAGCCAGUGGAGUGUGCAGAGGAGCGGGGUGACAUGAGAGAACUUGGGAAGAUUGAACACCAGACGGGCUGCAGCGUUCUGGAUAAGUUGAAGGGGUUUAAUGGCACAGGAAGGGAGCCCAGCCAACAGAGAGUUGCAGUAAUCCAGACGGGAGAUGACAAGUGCCUGGAUUACGACCUGUGCCGCUUUCUGUGUAAGGUAGGGUACUCUGCGAAUGUUGUAGAGCAUGAACCUGCAGGAUCGGGUCACCGCUUUGAUGUUAGCGGAGAACGACAGGGUGUUGUCCAGGGUCACGCCAAGGUUCUUUGCACUCUGGGAGGAGGACACAAUGGAGUUGUCAACCGUGAUGGCGAGAUCAUGGAGCGGGCAGUCCUUCCCCAGGAGGAAGAGCAGCUCCGUCUUGCCGAGGUUCAGCUUGAGGUGGUGAUCCGACAUCCACACUGAUAUGUCUGCCAAACAUGCAGAGAUGCGAUUCGCCACCUGGUUAUCAGAAGGGGGAAAGGAGAAAAUUAAUUGUGUGUCGUCUGCGUAGCAAUGAUAGGAGAGACCAUGUGAGGAUAUGACAGAGCCAAGUGACUUGGUGUAUAGAGAGAAUAGGAGAGGACCUAGAACUGAGCCCUGGGGGACAUCAGUGGUGAGAGCACGUGGUGCGGAGACAGAUUCUCGCCACGCCACCUGGUAGGAGCGACCUGUCAGGUAGGACGCAAUCCAAGAGUGAGCAGCGACGGAGAUGCCCAACUCGGAGAGGGUGGAGAGGAGGAUCUGAUGGUUCACAGUAUCAAAGGCAGCGGAUAGGUCUAGAAGGAUAAGAGCAGAGGAGAGAGAGUUAGCUUUAGCAGUGCGGAGAGCCUCCGUGACACAGAGAAGAGCAGUCUCAGUUGAAUGACCAGUCUUGAAACCUGACUGGUUUGGAUCAAGAAGGUAAUUCUGAGAGAGAUAGCAGGAGAGUUGGCUAGAGACGGCACGCUCAAGAGUUUUGGAGAGAAAAGAAAGAAGGGAUACUGGUCUGUAGUUGUUGACAUCGGAGGGAUCGAGUGUAGGUUUUUUGAGAAGGGGUGCAACUCUCGCUCUCUUGAAGACGGAAGGGACAUGGCCAGCGGUCAAGGAUGAGUUGAUGAGCGAGGUGAUGUAAGAGAGAAGGUCUCCGGAAAUGGUCUGGAGAGAGAGGGGAGAAAGAAGUCAAAGCAUAGGGUAGGGCAGUGUGAGCAGGACCAGCAGUGUCAUUUGACUUAAUAAAUGAGGAUCGGAUGUCGUCAACCUUCUUUUCAAAAUAUUGACGAAGUCAUCCACAGAGAGGGAGGAGGGAGGGGGAGGAGGAGGAGGAUUCAGCAGGGAGGAGAAGAUGGCAAAGAGCUUCCUAGGGUUAGAGGCAGAGGCUUGAAAUUUAGAGUGGUAGAAAGUGGCUUUAUCAGCAGAAACAGAGGAAGAAAAAGUAGAGAGGAGGGAGUGAAAAGAUGACAGGUCCGCAGGGAGUCUAGUUUUCCUCCAUUUCCGCUCGGCUGCCCGGAGCCCUCUUCUGUGAGCUCGCAAUGAAUCGUCAAGCCACGGAGCAGGAGGGGAGGACCGAGCCGGCCGGGAGGAUAGGGGACAUUGAGAGUCAAAAGAUGCAGAAAGGGAGGAGAGGAGGGUUGAGGAGGCAGAAUCAGGAGAUUGGAGGGAGAAGGAUUUGGCAGAGGGAAGAGAUGAUAGGAUGGAAGAGGAGAGAGUAGCGGGAGAGAGAGAGCGAAGGUUGCGACGGCACAUUACCAUCUGAGUAGGGGCAGAGUGAGUAGUGUUGGAGGAGAGCGUGAGAGAAAAGGAUACAAAGUAGUGGUCGGAUACUUGGAGGGGAGUUGCAGUGAGAUUAGUAGAAGAACAGCAUCUAGUAAAGAUGAGGUCAAGCGUAUUGCCUGCCUUGUGAGUAGGGGGGCAAGGUGAGAGGGUGAGGUCAAAAGAGGAAAGGAGUGGAAAGAAGGAGGCAGAGAGAAAUGAGUCAAAGGCAGACGUAGGGAGGUUAAAGUCACCCAGAACUGUGAGGGGUGAGCCAUCGUCAGGAAAGGAACUUAUCAAGGUAUCAAGCUCAUUGAUGAACUCUCCAAGGGAACCUGCAGGGCGAUAAAUGACAAGGAUGUUAAGCUUGAAUGGGCUAGUGACUGUGACAGCAUGGAAUUCAAAUGAGGAGAUAGACAGAUGGGUCAGGGGAAAAAGAGAGAAUGUCAACUUGGGAGAGAUGAGGAUUCUUGUGCCACCGCCGCGCUGACCAGAUGCUCUCUGGGUAUGCGAGAACACAUGGUCAGACGAGGAAAGAGCAGUAGGAGUAGCAGUGUUUUCUGUGGUAAUCCAUGUUUCCGUCAGCGCCAAGAAGUUGAGGGACUGGAGGGUAGCAUAGGCUAAAAUGAACUCUGCCUUGUUGGCCGCAGAACGGCAGUUCCAGAGGCUGCCGGAGACCUGGAACUCCACCAGAUUAGAGUGGCAGCAGCCACGCGGUGUGAAGUGUUUGUAUGGCCUGUGCAGAGAGGAGAGAACAGGGAUAGACAGACACAUAGUUGACAGGCUACAGAAAAAGGCUACAAUAAUGCAAAGGAGAUCGGAAUGAAAUGAGGGGCCUCCCUCACUUACGUUUCACUGAAACACUCAAAUAUAACUCUCCCAAUUUCCACUUUAGAAUUUACAAUUGUUGUAAACUACAGCGGUUCAAUGUUUUACAAUGUGGGAGAGGGAAAUGUAUCAGUAUGCACUGCUAAUGGACAGUGGGACAAGUCAGCUUUGCUAUGUGAAGGUAUAAUAAAUCACCAUCUGCAAUCACUACCUUACAAGUUAUCUAUAACUAACCCAUAACUGAAUUAACCAAGUGCUUUAACAAAUACCUCCUAGGCCAUGUUGACCAUACCAUGGAAUUAUAUUGUGUGUCCAAAAUGUCAGACAUUAAUGUUUUCCUGAUGGAAAUUGCACACUGUUGUAAUGCUUUCUCUUUAUAGAGAUAACGUGUGGUGAUCCCCCUAUACUGCCCCACACUGGACAGGUGUGGAAUGGCAGCACAAUCCCUGGCAGCACUGUGCUCUUUUACUGUAAAGAGGGAUUUCAUAGAGAGGGAGGAGGGAAUAUUUCCCAAUGCACUAGAGACGGUUACUGGACAAAGGCAACAUUUUCAUGUAAAGGUAAUGUAUAAGACUUUGUCACAUAUUCUCUAGUGAAACCUCCUUUGGGAUUUGCUCUAAUUUAUGUAUGAAUCAUAUCAGAGAGGCCAAAUUUACUUCCUAUACAAAUAUCCUGGUGAAUAAUCUGUAAUCUCAACCAUUCUCUCUGUAGAGGUUGACUGUGGUUCUCCCCCUGUCCUCCCUCACUCAGUAAUGUUGUGGGAUCAGACCACCAGGAUAGGCUCUGUGGUGGUUUAUCAGUGUAACUCUGGAUAUUACAAUGUGGGAAAGGGAAAUGUCUCAGUAUGCACUGCCAAUGGACAGUGGGACCAGACAUUUUUUAUAUGUGAAGGUAAAAUAAAUCUUCCCUCUCAACAUUACCACCUGCAAUCAAUACCUUACAAGUUAUCCAUAAUUAACCCAUAACUGAAUUAACCAAGUGCUUUAACAAAUACCUCCUAGACCAUGUUGACCAUACCAUGGAACAAUAUUGUGUGUUCAAAAUGUAAGAUAUUAAUGUCUGCCUGAUGGAAAUGUGCAGAAAUUGCACACUGUUUUAAUGCUUUCUCUUUGUAGAGAUAAUGUGUGGUGAUCCCCCUAUACUGCCCCACACUGGACAGGUGUGGAAUGGCAGCACAAUCCCUGGCAGCACCGUGCUGUUUUACUGUAAAGAGGGAUUUCAUAGAGAGGAAGGAGGGAAUAUUUCCCAAUGCACUAGAGACGGUUACUGGACAAAGGCAACGUUGUCAUGUAAAGGUAACCGUUUUGCCACAUAAUACUUUGUCACAUAUUCUCUUGUGAAACCUCUUUUGAGAUGUGCUGUUAUCUAUAUGUCAUGUAGGAAUCAUAUCAGAGAGGCCAAAUCUACUUCCUAUACAAAUAUCCUGGUCAAUAAUCUGUUAUCUCAAACCAUUCUCUCAUUCUCUCUGUAGAGGUUGACUGUGGUUCUCCCCCUGUCCUCCCUCACUCAGUAAUGUUGUGGGAUCAGACCACCAGGAUAGGCUCUGUGGUGGUUUAUCAGUGUAACUCUGGAUAUUACAAUGUGGGAAAUGGAAAUGUCUCAGUAUGCACUGCCAAUGGACAGUGGGACCAGACAUUUUUUAUAUGUGAAGGUAAAAUAAAUCUUCCCUCUCAACAUUACCACCUGCAAUCAAUACCUUACAAGUUAUCCAUAAUUAACCCAUAACUGAAUUAACCAAGUGCUUUAACAAAUACCUCCUAGGCCAUGUUGACCAUACCAUGGAACAAUAUUGUGUGUCCAAAAUGUAAGACAUUAAUGUCUGCCUGAUGGAAAUGUGCAGAAAUUGCACACUGUUUUAAUGCUUUCUCUUUGUAGAGAUAAUGUGUGGUGAUCCCCCUACACUGCCCCACACUGGACAGGUGUGGAAUGGCAGCACAAUCCCUGGCAGCACUGUGCUGUUUUACUGUAAAGAGGGAUUUCAUAGAGAGGGAGGAGGGAAUAUUUCCCAAUGCACUAGAGACGGUUACUGGACAAAGGCAACGUUGUCAUGUAAAGGUAACCGUUUUGCCACAUAAUAUUUUGUCACAUACAGUGAGGGAAAAAAGUAUUUGAUCCCCUGCUGAUUUUUUACGUUUGCCCACUGACAAAUAAAUGAUCAGUCUAUAAUUUUAAUGGUAGGUUUAUUUGAACAGUGAGAGACAGAAUAACAACAAAAAAAUCCAGAAAAAUGCAUGUAAAAAAUGUUAUGAAUUGAUUUGCAUUUUAAUGAGGGAAAUAAGUAUUUGACCCCCUCUCAAUCAGAAAGAUUUCUGGCUCCCAGGUGUCUUUUAUACAGGUAACGAGCUGAGAUUAGGAGCACACUCUUAAAGGGAGUGCUCCUAAUCUCAGCUUGUUACCUGUAUAAAAGACACCUGUCCACAGAAGCAAUCAAUCAGAUUCCAAACUCUCCACCAUGGCCAAGACCAAAGAGCUCUCCAAGGAUGUCAGGGACAAGAUUGUAGACCUACACAAGGUUGGAAUGGGCUACAACACCAUCGCCAAGCAGCUUGGUGAGAAGGUGACAACAGUUGGUGCGAUUAUUCGCAAAUGGAAGAAACACAAAAUAACUGUCAAUAUCCCUCGGCCUGGGGCUCCAUGCAAGAUCUCACCUUGUGGAGUUGCAAUGAUCAUGAGAACGGUGAGGAAUCAGCCCAGAACUACACAGGAGGAUCUUGUUAAUGAUUUCAAGGCAGCUGGGACCAUAGUCACCAAGAAAACAAUUGGUAACACACUAUGCCGUGAAGGACUGAAAUCCUGCAGUGCACGCAAGGUCCCCCUGCUCAAGAAAGCACAUAUACAGGCCCGUCUGAAGUUUGCCAAUGAACAUCUGAAUGAUUCAGAGGAGAACUGGGUGAAAGUGUUGUGGUCAGAUGAGACCAAAAUUGAGCUCUUUGGCAUUAACUCAACUCGCCGUGUUUGGAGGAGGAGGAAUGCUGCCUAUGACCCCAAGAACACCAUCCCCACCGUCAAACAUGGAGGUGGAAACAUUAUGCUUUGGGGGUGUUUUUCUGCUAAGGGGACAGGACAAAUUCACCGCAUUAAAGGGACGAUGGAUGGGGCCAUGUACCAUCAAAUCUUGGGUGAGAACCUCUUUUCCUCAACCAGGGCAUUGAAAAUGGGUCGUGGAUGGGUAUUCCAGCAUGACAAUGACCCAAAACACACGGCCAAGGCAACAAAGGAGUGGCUCAAGAAGAGGCACAUUAAGGUCCUGGAGUGGCCUAGCCAGUCUCCAGACCUUAAUCCCAUAGAAAAUCUGUGGAGGGAGCUGAAGGUUCGAGUUGCCAAACGUCAGCCUCGAAACCUUAAUGACUUGGAGAAGAUCUGCAAAGAGGAGUGGGACAAAAUCCCUACUGAGAUGUGUGCAAACCUGGUAGCUAACUACAAGAAACGUCUGACCUCUGUGAUUGCCAACAAGGGUUUUGCCACCAAGUACUAAGUCAUGUUUUGCAGAGGGGUCAAAUACUUAUUUCCCUCAUUAAAAUGCAAAUCAAUUCAUAACAUUUUUGACAUGCAUUUUUCUGGAUUUUGUUGUUGUUAUUCUGUCUCUCACUGUUCAAAUAAACCUACCAUUAAAAUUAUAGACUGAUCAUGUCUUUGUAAGUGGGCAAACGUACAAAAUCAGCAGGGGAUCAAAUACUUUUUUCCCUCACUGUAUAUCUCAUUACUAGUGGUUGUCAUCCUGUUUGAUCAAUCAAAUAGGGUGGAAUUAAUUAUUCCCGGUGUUUGCAUCAAAGUGGAUGUGUUGUGUGGGUUGGUGCAGCCCCUCCUUUACCUCCACAGGGCUGGGAAACUGCCCUGUAUUAGGAGUCCAAGAGAUGAUUGAGGUGGAAAUGUACCCCCUCUCUCUCCAUCUUUUUUCAGUCGCUAAAAUCACAAAUACACAUAUCUUCACUCACACGCACACACACCACAAGUGUUCAGGCUGUGGGUGGAUUUGCUUAAUAGACGUAUCAAUCCUCUCGGUCAGACAGAUGUAAAUCUGACACUCCUCAUAGGAGAGACACUUUUCAACACCACAGGUCAGACCCAAUUUGGGUUGUUAAAAGCUACAGUCUGGGAUUUAAAAAACAAAACACUCCCCCUGACACAGGUAUACAGCUGACAGUCCAUGGCAUCCACAUAAUAGUUUCAAACAUAAUUGGAAGAGCAAUGUAUAGCUCUAUAUUGGUUUGUUUAUGAAUAAUAAAAAACAUUUAGUGCUAUGAUAGGGUAUGACAGUUGUGCUAAGCUAAAAUGUAGCUAUGUUUUUUCCCUCACUGUAUUCUCUUGUGAAACCUCUUUUGAGAUGUGCUGUAAUCUACAGUGGGGAAAAAAAGUAUUUAGUCAGCCACCAAUUGUGCAAGUUCUCCCACUUAAAAAGAUGAGAGAGGCCUGUAAUUUUCAUCAUAGGUACAUGUCAACUAUGACAGACAAAAUGAGAAAAAAAAUUCCAGAAAAUCACAUUGUAGUAUUUUUAAUGAAUUUAUUUGCAAAUUAUGGUGGAAAAUAAGUAUUUGGUCAAUAACAAAAGUUUCUCAAUACUUUGUUAUAUACCCUUUGUUGGCAAUGACACAGGUCAAACGUUUUCUGUAAGUCUUCACAAGGUUUUCACACACUGUUGCUGGUAUUUUGGCCCAUUCCUCCAUGCAGAUCUCCUCUAGAGCAGUGAUGUUUUGGGGCUGUCGCUGGGCAACACAGACUUUCAACUCCCUCCAAAGAUUUUCUAUGGGGUUGAGAUCUGGAGACUGGCUAGGCCACUCCAGGACCUUGAAAUGCUUCUUACGAAGCCACUCCUUCGUUGCCCGGGCAGUGUGUUUGGGAUCAUUGUCAUGCUGAAAGACCCAGCCACGUUUCAUCUUCAAUGCCCUUGCUGAUGGAAGGAGGUUUUCACUCAAAAUCUCACGAUACAUGGCCCCAUUCAUUCUUUCCUUUACACGGAUCAGUCGUCCUGGUCCCUUUGCAGAAAAACAGCCCCAAAGCAUGAUGUUUCCACCCCCAUGCUUCACAGUAGGUAUGGUGUUCUUUGGAUGCAACUCAGCAUUCUUUGUCCUCCAAACACGACGAGUUGAGUUUUUACCAAAAAGUUAUAUUUUGGUUUCAUCUGACCAUAUGACAUUCUCCCAAUCCUCUUCUGGAUCAUCCAAAUGCACUCUAGCAAAUUUCAGACGGGCCUGGACAUGUACUGGCUUAAGCAGGGGGACACGUCUUGCACUGCAGGAUUUGAGUCCCUGGCGGCGUAGUGUGUUACUGAUGGUAGGCUUUGUUACUUUGGUCCCAGCUCUCUGCAGGUCAUUCACUAGGUCCCCCCGUGUUGUUCUGGGAUUUUUGCUCACCGUUCUUGUGAUCAUUUUGACCCCACAGAGUGAGAUCUUGCGUGGAGCCCCAGAUCGAGGGAGAUUAUCAGUGGUCUUGUAUGUCUUCCAUUUCCUAAUAAUUGCUCCCACAGUUGAUUUCUUCAAACCAAGCUGCUUACCUAUUUCAGAUUCAGUCUUCCCAGCCUGGUGCAGGUCUACAAUUUAGUUUCUGGUGUCCUUUGACAGCUCUUUGGUCUUGGCCAUAGUGGAGUUUGGAGUGUGACUGUUUGAGGUUGUGGACAGGUGUAUUUUAUACUGAUAACAAGUUCAAACAGGUGCCAUUAAUACAGGUAACGAGUGGAGGACAGAGGAGCCUCUUAAAGAAGAAGUUACAGGUCUGUGAGAGCCAGAAAUCUUGCUUGUUUGUAGGUGACCAAAUACUUAUUUUCCACCAUAAUUUGCAAAUAAAUUCAUAAAAAAUCCUACAAUGUGAUUUUCUGGAUUUUUUUUCCUCAAUUUGUCUGUCAUAGUUGACGUGUACCUAUGAUGAAAAUUACAGGCCUCUCUCAUUUUUUUAAGUGGGAGAACUUGCACAAUUGGUGGCUGACUAAAUACUUUUUUUCCCUACUGUAUAUGUCAUGUAGGAAUCAUAUCAGAGAGGCCAAAUCUACGUCCUAUACAAAUAUCCUGGUCAAUAAUCUGUUAUCUCAAACCAUUCUCUCAUUCUCUCUGUAGAGGUUGACUGUGGUUCUCCCCCUGUCCUCCCUCACUCAGUAAUGUUGUGGGAUCAGACCACCAGGAUAGGCUCUGAGGUGGUUUAUCAGUGUAACUCUGGAUAUUACAAUGUGGGAAAGGGAAAUGUCUCAGUAUGCACUGCCAAUGGACAGUGGGACCAGACAUUUUUUAUAUGUGAAGGUAAAAUAAAUCUUCCCUCUCAACAUUACCACCUGCAAUCAAUACCUUACAAGUUAUCCAUAAUUAACCCAUAACUGAAUUAACCAAGUGCUUUAACAAAUACCUCCUAGGCCAUGUUGACCAUACCAUGGAACAAUAUUGUGUGUUCAAAAUGUAAGAUAUUAAUGUCUGCCUGAUGGAAAUGUGCAGAAAUUGCACACUGUUUUAAUGCUUUCUCUUUGUAGAGAUAAUGUGUGGUGAUCCCCCUACACUGCCCCACACUGGACAGGUGUGGAAUGGCAGCACAAUCCCUGGCAGCACUGUGCUGUUUUACUGUAAAGAGGGAUUUCAUAGAGAGGGAGGAGGGAAUAUUUCCCAAUGCACUAGAGACGGUUACUGGACAAAGGCAACGUUGUCAUGUAAAGGUAACCGUUUUGCCACACAAUACUUUGUCACAUAUUCUCUUGUGAAACCUCUUUUGAGAUGUGCUGUAAUCUAUAUGUCAUGUAGGAAUCAUAUCAGAGAGGCCAAAUCUACUUCCUAUACAAAUAUCCUGGUUAAUAAUCUGUUAUCUCAAACCAUUCUCUCAUUCUUUCUGUAGAGGUUGACUGUGGUUCUCCCCCUGUCCUCCCUCACUCAGUAAUGUUGUGGGAUCAGACCACCAGGAUAGGCUCUGAGGUGGUUUAUCAGUGUAACUCUGGAUAUUACAAUGUGGGAAAGGGAAAUGUCUCAGUAUGCACUGCCAAUGGACAGUGGGACCAGACAUUUUUUAUAUGUGAAGGUAAAAUAAAUCUUCCCUCUCAACAUUACCACCUGCAAUCAAUACAUUACAAGUUAUCCAUAAUUAACCCAUAACUGAAUUAACCAAGUGCUUUAACAAAUACCUCCUAGGCCAUGUUGACCAUACCAUGGAACAAUAUUGUGUGUCCAAAAUGUAAAAUAUGAAUGUCUGCCUGAUGGACAUGUGCAGAAAUUGCACACCGUUGUAAUGCUUUCUCUUUGUAGAGAUAAUGUGUGGUGAUCCCCCUAUACUGCCCCACACUGGACAGGUGUGGAAUGGCAGCACAAUCCCUGGCAGCACUGUGCUGUUUUACUGUAAAGAGGGAUUUCAUAGAGAGGGAGGAGGGAAUAUUUCCCAAUGCACUAGAGACGGUUACUGGACAAAGGCAACGUUGUCAUGUAAAGGUAAUGAAUAAGACUUUGUCACAUGUUCUCUAGUGAAACCUCUUUUGAGAUUUGCUCUAAUUUAUGUAUGAAUCAUAUCAGAGAGGCCAAAUCUACUUCCUAUACAAAUAUCCUGGUGAAUAAUCUGUAAUCUCAACCAUUCUCUCUGUAGAGGUUGACUGUAGUUCUCCCCCUGCCCUCCCUCACUCAGUAAUGUUGUGGGAUUAGGGCACCUGGAUGGGCUCUGAGGUGGUUUAUCAAUGUAACUCUGGAUAUUACAAUUUGGUAGAGGGAAAUGUAUCAGUAUGCACUGCCAAGGAACAGUGGGAACAGACAUAUUUUCUAUGUGACGGUAUUACAUUAGUGAUUUCUGUGUGGUCAUGAUACAUUAAUAACAAUGACGUAUGAUACCAAAUCUUAUAGAACCACUAUCCUCAUUUCAAAUUAUAGAGAUUGACUGUGGGGAGCCAGUGUUUAUAUCCCAUGCUAAGAUGCUA